UUAGCAUAGAAAACGUUUAUUAACGAAUCAAUCUGUUUGCAAAAGAUGUCUAUAAGUAUAAUACUAUAAUAGAUUAGAUGUUUAGUUGCAGAAUCAUGAGAAUGUCAGAGACAGAGAUAAGCAGAGUAGCUUUGGAUGAAACAUUUCUUUUACUGUCUUCAGAAAUGAAAGAAUUGUAUCCAUCAGUAGAAGUACUGGAUGAACCACCUGAUCCCUUGACAUUUUACAGAAAAUAUGUUUCACAGAAUAGGCCGGUUCUUAUCAAAAAUGUUUUCAAUCAUUGGCCUGCUUUAAACAAUUGGUCAGAGAAAUAUUUUAGGGAAAAGAUUGGUCAAACACAAGUGACGGUUGCAGUCACGCCUAAUGGGUACGCAGAUGCCAUCAGUGAUGGAAAGUUUGUCAUGCCGGAGGAGAGGAGGAUGGAGAUGUCACAGUUCCUUGACAUUUUGUUUAACACAGACCAGACCAACAAGCCCUCUGGUGUUUUCUAUAUACAAAAACAGAACUCCAACCUACAUGAUGAGUUUGCUGAGCUGAUGAAGGAUGUGGACUCUCAUAUUGACUGGGGAAGUCAGGCCUUUGGAGCCAAGCCAGACGCAGUUAACUUUUGGAUGGGAGAUAGAAAUGCAGUUACUUCAAUGCACAGAGAUCAUUAUGAGAACCUGUACUGUGUGCUGUCAGGGGAGAAAAUUUUCACUCUUCUAGCACCUACUGAUCUCCCUUUCAUACCUUAUGAGAGCUGCUCAUCUGCUGUUUACAGAGAGACAACUGAAGGCCAUUUUGAGAUUGUUGACAUUGAGGAUUGCCAUGAAGAUCACAAGGUCCAGUGGAUAGCCAUUGACCCAUUAAGACCAGACUUGAAAAAGUACCCUCAGUAUGCACAGGCACGGCCAUUAACUGUGUCAGUGAAGGCAGGAGAAACUCUGUAUUUGCCAUCUCUGUGGUUCCACCAUGUUCAGCAAUCUCAUGGCUGUAUUGCAGUGAACUAUUGGUAUGACAUGGACUUUGACAUCAAGUGGGCUUAUUACAAGUUUCUAGAAAAACUGUCCUCAGCUUCAUGACAUCACCUGACAUCAAGUAUUCUCAAAGUGUUUGUUGAUCCCUAGCUUUAUUGUCAAUCAAGAACAUUCAAGAACUUGCCAGUAAUAAGGCUGAACAUUUCAUCCUCUGUGUAUCUUAUCUUAUAAUGUUCAGGUAGCUUAAGGAUAAAGAUAUUUUAAAAGUAUUUUAUUCUUAUCUUAAAUUCCAUUUCCUAAUUUAAUCUCACACUUUCCUCAUGGGUGGAAAAAGAAAUUCAAAUUAAAAAAUUAAAUAAUUUAUUUCUAGCUCAAAUUUCACUUUUAGCAGUAUGGCUGGUUAGCUCAGUUGAUACAGCAUCUCAACAAUAAGUUGAAUAUUGUGGCCAAUUUUUGUUUUCAGUUACAAAUAAAAUGGGGAUGUUAGUUGACCAUAUUAUUUGAACAUCAAGUAGGGAUUGUUUUUUAAUUUUCUAAAAUAAAUUUAGAUUUCUUGUUUAUGAUUUAGUAUUUGAUGUAAUUUUACCAUCAAGUAUAUAGAUUUCUUGUUUAUGAUUUAGUAUUUGAUGUAAUUUUACUAAUUUUGAUGUUAAAUAGACAAAUCUAGUACAAUACCAAUACAAUCUGGUCAACUUAAGAAUGACUACACACCAUUUGAUGUGUAACAACUUAGUUGCUUGGAAAAUCUUUUUGUCUUUGAACAGGACUGUAUGAGCAUGUUACCCCAUAUUGCCAUAGUUUCAUGCCAUCAUAAAAAAAUAUUAUUUUCUGAAUAGCUUUAAUAUAUCACAACUUCUAUGCAUAUAGCAUGCUCAGAGCAGCUAUGUUUCAAUCUCAUUUGUGGAAAAGUGGGUUGGGGAGGGGUAUUUGGAAGAAAGUUAUCCGUGCUGCCUUUCGGGGUUCAGUAAAUACAACUCUGCUUGAGUCGGGUGUCGAAUCUUGGGCCCCAUUGAAUGGUUCAAAGUUCAAGUGUACAUAGGCUCUUGGCAACACAUCCCUUUUUUCUAGACGAAAUGUUUGUAAUGGUUCCCUGACAUCUCAUUCUACAAGACAUUUCAUCAUUGCAACAUUUCAUCACCGCAAUAAGUACAUGUAGGUGUAAUUAAGUAAUUAACAUACUGAGCAAGUUAACCCUAACCCUAAAUGGUGAAUUGCUAUAAUGAUGAAAUGUCUCGUAUGAUGAGGUGUCUGGUCACCGUUUGUAGUAGCCUUUUUUUUUUUUCAAUUUUAUUAUUUAUAUAGUAUCAAAUUUGUUCUCUGAUUCACAGUGAUCACACAAUUUGUAUUGAUUUUUAGAAAGUGAUAAUGGCUGACAAAAUUUUUAUAUACAUCAAUUUUUUUUAAUGCUUUAGAAUUCUCUUCAGUGGGUUGUAGAUAGGUGCACAUAAUGUUUUAUUUCUAUUUAGUAGCCAAUCUACAACUUUUCUUAUUAGAUUCCUAAGCAGUCACCAAAUAUUUUCUUCCAUCUGUGUUGAACGCAAUACACACACACACAAAAUAAUAAUAAAAUUGAGUUACAAAAUG